CCUCAACACGGAAGUGAUUAAACGAUCCUCGCAGACAGUCCAUGGCAGAUCAGCAUGAGUCCAUUGACCUGGGUUCUCCUCCCCUGGGCCCUGAGGCGCAGUCGGGCUGGUUCCCUGGUCCUCCUCCGCCUCUAUAUGUCUGCACUCUCACCCCAGCACUGGAGGCGAAAGCCAGGGACGAGCUCCAGGAGAAACCAGAGUGGAGGCUCCGAGACGUCCAGGCUCUGAGAGAUAUGAUCCUCAAGGAGCAGCCUAACCUCCGGACACGUCUUGAUGAUGCAUUUCUUCUGCGUUUCCUUCGGGCACGAAAGUUUGACUAUGACCGCGCUCUGCAGCUGCUCCUCAAGUACCAAGCUGGGAGGAAGGCUUGGCCCGAGGUCUUCCAAGACCUGAAACCCUCAUCAGUGAAGCACGUUCUGGAGCUGGGCUUUCUCACAGUGCUGCCCAAACCAGACCCACAUGGACGCUACAUACUCUGCCUCAGACCAGGGAAGUGGAAGCCCAACGACUACCCAUUUGUGGACAAUGUUCGUGCUCUGUACCUGACUCUGGAGAAGCUGAUCCAGCCGGAGGAGGCACAGGUGAACGGGAUCGUGAUCCUGGCUGACUACAGCGGAGUCGGGAUGUCUCAGGCCUCCAACCCUGGACCUUUCCUCGCCAAGAAGGUUGUCAGCAUCCUACAGGAUGGGUUUCCAAUCAGAAUCAAAGCUGUAAACAUCAUCAAUGAGCCCAGAAUCUUUAAAGGAAUCUUUGCCAUAAUCAAACCUUUUCUGAAAGAGAAGAUGGCUGAGAGGUACGUCCUGCACGGCUCAGACCUGCGCUCACUGCACAGACACAUCCCUCGCUCAGUCCUGCCCCCGGAGUAUGGAGGCACUGCUGUAGACCUGGACCUCGGGGCUUGGUCCAGACUCCUCCUGGACUGUGAGGAGGAGUUCAUCGUGGAGUUCUGCCAGCCCGAUCCACUAGAGGGCGUCGUGCUGCCAGACUCCAUGCUGUUUGAAGGAGACGGGGCCAGUGGAUACGAGGAGGACAGCUUCAGAGCCCUGCGCUCACAGUUGUACUACUGCUACUGAAAACGCCGCAGAGGGAGUAUCUGUGUGUAUUAGAAUGAUUUGAAUUCACAGUUUAAUAGGCUGCGUUCACAUGACAUCCCAACAUUGUAGAAUCCCUAUAGUUUAAGGGAAGCUGGAGGACAGGUUAGAAUUGACCCUGAGUACCACGACAGCAGGCUACUUCCUUUCAGAGGGAGGGAUGCUGAAGCCAUUUGCGCUUGAGGUUUGCGCUGAGUCGUGAUAAUACCAAUAAAUCCUGACAGAUUAGACAGUGACAGGGAGCUGUGUGUGGAUGUCACUGACAAUUGACAUAUGUUAAACACUUUACAAAGAGAAAACUGGAGGACACUGCAUUUAGCAAAGUAGAUCUUUGUGUGUCAAUCCUUCUUUUAAAACAUUAAAUGUAACAUAAAACAGAAUGAAAUUUCUUGUAAAGACAAUUAUUUGUAUACAUUAUACAUUCCAUUAUAUAUUAUUGCCAUCUGUGGUAUUAUUGAAAUAUUUAUUAGCCUUUGAAUUAGCAAUAGCAUUGGCACACAAAGAGUUUGUAAAAGCAGACAUGUUCUGUGGUGAACUUUUCCUCGCAUUUGUAAAGCCUGUUCUGUCCUGGAAUUUGCUGUUUAACUGUUAGAUUGUAGAUUUGUUUAAAAAACAGUGAGUCUCCCAUAGAGUUACACAAGCCCCUGUCCUCCAUCUAAAAUUAUAACAUCAACAAUUUUUUAAAUGUGAAUGCAACCUAUUAUCAACUAGAGUGGUUUUAAGGUUAAGAUAAAGAUGAUCAAUAUCACCACUCAAAUGAGUUCACAUUGUUCUAACACAUGAAGGUUAUACUUUUCAAUGCAUAUUCUGUUUCAUAAAAAAUAGGUGGGUACAUUUAGAGGGUAAAUGCCAAUAUAAGACAUAAUUUAUUUUAAUAGAAAAGUCCGAUAUGUAGUUUAUACGUAGCCCAGCUCCUGUAGCUGCAGGGCUGAGUCUUCUGCAUGGGUAGCCUUUGUUUAUCUACUGCAAAAAUGUAAACAUUAUUUACUUGAACUAACUUUCAUUUUAAUGUAUUUACUUCCUUAUUUUACUUAAAGAAACAGUUUGUAGCCUGCAAUCUUACAGUUUUAAAAAGGUACUACAAUCACAACUGAACCUGGGUUGUGUUGCCAGAGCCAUAACUUGCAAAUAGAGGACACAUCCAAGCUUUACAGUAUGUGGACAUGGUGAGGCUCAUUCUGCUGUCUGAUUGAAUAAUUGUCUUGAGAACCAAAACACAAAAUUAUAACCUGAACAACUUGGCCUUCAUGUCCAGUGUCCAGUCGUAAUUAAGAAUAAAUAUAAUAAUAAAUAAUAAUACACAAUAAACAGCAUUACAAUUAUUAGUAGUAAAUGUUAUAUUGUAUUUGAACAUGUUUGCCUCGUAUCUGAGGACACAGACAGGUCAAGUUUAUAUAAUACAAAGUCAAAAUCUUACAUACAGUUUCUUUAAGAGUACUGGUUACUACUUCCUGGGUCUAGAGUACUUUUGAAGAGAUUUCUGAGCAGUUCAAGUUUUAUGACUUGUUAGAUAUUUUACAGUGUAGCGAAAGGCAAAACAACUAUUAGCCAUACUUAAAAAAAAAAUCCAUCCAGCUUAGUAUAUUUGAAUUUAGUAUUAUGAACUCUCAAUUGCCUUAAAUGUAUUUUGUGUUUGCCAUAUUGAUAAUACUGUACCAAAGCAAUACGGCACAUCCUCACACUGCUCUGUGAGAGGAAAUGUGUCCUCUAGUUUUAAAGGAGAUGUAUAUUAUUCCCAAUAUUGACCUUUUUACCAACUCACAGAUGGAGUUCUCAUGGGUGCCAGAAGAGGGCGCAAACGCCACAAUUAUACAUCAGUGCACUGCUACCGCAAUAUGGAUUUGAAUUCCAAGACAAAACACAUUUUCAACCAGUGCAAUUUAAAGGUGAACCGUGUAACUUUUCUGGUGUGGGGUCUGCCUCCUUAGCGACAUCAUUGCUUUGCCUGGAUGUUCCACAGUAUUGCAUUAAUCAUAUCUAUAUUUUAUAUAUUCAAAUGCAAUUAAAAACUUAGAAAAAAACACACUUUUACUGUGAGCGAGGCAGUCAUUAGCCAUAGCAAUUAAUGACUUCAAACAAAAUAUCCUGCCUUUUGAAUGGUAAGAAGUCCUCAAAAUGUCACCUAUAACAUGAAGCCGGAACAAUGAAUAGAUAAGUUAAACUCCAUAUUGCAUAUAAUUUCAGGCAAAACAAUAACAUCCCCAUGGAGACAAGUUGGAGAUAGACCCUCCACAGUGCACUUUGUUGGUUAAACUUCAAUUAACUGUGCCGCCCUUCUCUAAAUAUUGAGAUAAUGUGCAUGAAGUGUCUUGCUCCAUGACAUGACAACUUGCACCAUUUGAAGCUGGCAUCAAACUACCAACUCUUCUGUUAAAAACCACUGAGCCACUGUUACCCUCACGCCAUGGAUUAAGCUGCAGAUGCCCUUCAUGCAUUCUUUAAAGAUGCACUGUGUAACUUUUCUGGUAUAAUUGUACAGCACCUGCUUGUUUCCAUGGAGAUUAAAAGAAUGCUAGAAAUAAAAAAGAAAUAAAGGCUAUAUGUGGACUUUUAAUGCCAUAUUGUGGGACAUUACAGGCAAAGCAGAUGGUAUACUCUUCUCCAGAAAAGUUCCACAUUUCAUCUUCAAGUCACAAAAUGUUCAGGUAUUUUUAAAAAGGCAGAAUAAAAUGUAAUAUGUCUCCUUUAAGCAUAUUAUGAAGCUAAAAUCCAGUGUUCAAGGGCCUUUGUUCAAAUUUGUGCUUUAGUAAGUUGUGUGAAUGUCUUUAGAUCAAUUUGUAUUGUUUUAUAUUUACGCCUUAUUUUUGUUCUUUAUUCUAGAAUUGUCAACUUUAAUACUUGAUUGCCUGGGGAAUCUUAACACUGUAGAUGUGAGGAGGGGUCUGCUACACAACUACUGGAAAAGUUAGUUCACCUUUCAACAUUUAGUAGCAUUUUUGUUGCAGUUAUGUUUUCAAAAAAAAAAAAAAAAAAAAAAAAUCAUUUUAAUUCAAUUUAACAGCACUUUUUUUUUUCUUUUUUGGUUACCAUGCUUUUGAUAAAUAUAUUUUUUCCAUAUAAUUGCUAUUUGAUUUUGAGCAGUACCAAAGUCUUAGAAAUGUUUCUUGUUGCUUUCCAUAUGAUACAGUUUUAAAAGUACAGUAUGCAACUUUCUGGAGGAGGCAUGUCACCUGCACGAUUCCAUGGAAAAGUUAAAACCAUACUUCGAAACAUUCUCCUUGGAGAUAGAAGUUUUAUGUGAUUGUGUGGAAUAUCAUAGCCAUGGAAACAGGCAGGGGGACGUCCUCCUUCAGGCCAAAUAAGAGUCAAGUUUGUGGAGAUGCAAGCCCACUCACGGUAAGGAUGCAUGAAAACCAAACCACAAAACCCAAAUGAAAAAGUAUGCUUUUAUUUUAGUCAAUUUUUUAGCUACAAAGUUACAUUUUAACUAAGAUUUUUUACCAAAAUAAAUACAAUAAAUACCGGCUUACUAUUUUUAUUUUUAUUUUUAAACAAAUGCAUGUACAGUAGUUCCUUACCAAAAUUAUGGUCAUUUUAUGUGCUUCAAUCACUGAGUCUAGUUUAUUUGUUUAGUCAUAUAUUUUUUGUUUCUUUGCUGGCUGCUUUUGUCAUUUUUUUUAAACAGUUUGACUAUAGAAAUGAUUUAGUAUCACAAUUGUGUAGGAAUUAAGAAAUGGGGUGAACUGAACUUUUCCACACAAUAAUACAUUAAGAACAGUGAAUAGAAGUGUGUUUUGCCAAACUGUACAUAAGGCCAUGUGAAUAUGUGCAAUAGUGUGGAUGUUGUGUUAUUUUUACAGUUUUGUUCAAGUCAUGCAUGUUACCAUAUGAUUCACUGUGUUAGAUGAUGUUGGUAAAGAUUGAAGUUCUAUUGAAGUGUCUGUCUGUUUUGUACCUGCUACUGUGUCCUCUUAUGUAACAUUUGAUAGGGCUGUUAACGUUUUAUGAGGGGACUGUACGCUUUACAGGAUCAGAUGACCUUCACAUGGCUUCAUCCAAUCAUUCAAUGCAAUGUGACCAAGAUGUACAGUAAGGAUACACUGUACUAACUGAUUUAUACGUUC